GGUUCCACGAUACCAGCUGGGCGGCAUCAGUAAUACGCGCCACGAUGUCGCGACCUAGACAGACACGAAUUGAGAUGCUCGAGCCCAAGAGCGACUGGCAGGUCGAGUCCGAACGGUACCUCUGGUGCAUCCCGUCGCCAUGGUACAGCGCCGAGCCAGAGACGUACCACAUUCUCUUUGGCCUCCGCUUUCGUCGGUGGCAGCUUUUACUGGCCGCUCUCAGUAUCCACGCGCUCCUCGGCUAUCUCGUGCCGCUUGGCGCCUCAGAGCCCGUCGUUUUGGCGCUCGCAGUCGCCACCGGCCUCACGACCGCGGUGUCUUGUCCGCUGCUCCAACAGCGCGGGCCUCGCACGGGCCUCGUACUCGGCAGCGCGUGUAUCUUUCUCGGGCACUUUUGUCUUCUCGCUCCGUCGCUGCAUCUACUCUACGGCGUCUGCAUCGGCGCCGGCCUCGGCCUCAAUCACUUCGCCGUGUCCUUGACGCUGCAGCCGUGGUAUCCGCGCUGUCGUGCCACGAUGACAUCACUGCUACUCGCCUCCAGCGUCAUGGGCGGUGUCAUCGCAAUGACCAGCCUUCCGCGCCACGUGCUUGUGACGCCACCACCCGACGACGAGGUACCUGCGUGGGCGCUUGGUGUCGGGUGCACCGCGACCAGUCUGCUGCUACUGCUGGCGGUCGCCGUGCGCACGCCGCCACCAAGCUUUGUCAUCGACGAUGACUCGCCGAUUGUUAUCUCGACGCUCCGGGAUGCGGUCUGUUCGAGGAGCUUUGCCUGCCUCGGCGUCGCCUUGGUGCUCAAGGCUGCAGCCACCGCGGUCCUCUCGCGCCAGCUUCUCACAACGUGGCUUGAGAGUACCACCACGGAAGCGGUCGUUCCCGCGCUUCUGCUGCUCGUAUCUCUCCCGGUGCUUGUCGCCUUUGUCUCCGACAUCCCGUGCGGCCGUUCACCGGCGUGGCGUCGGCACUGGUUCGUGCUCUCCCUAGCGUCGUUGCAGGUGCUUCUGGCGCUCGUCGCGCCCGUCUCGUCGCCCUGGCUGCUCGUGUGCGAAGUCACCUUGGAUAUGGCCUUUCUUGGGCUCUUGCCGGCGUUUCUCUGGGACCUCUUUGGCGCCGCCACGUAUGUGUCGAUCUACAGCUAUUGCCUCGCGAUCAUAAGCUCCGCAAUUGUCGCGUCGCUGGCGCUCGUGCCACCAAACGACGUCUGGAGCGACGACGGAAUGCUACUCGGCGUCACGGCCGUCGCCUUGCUCAGCCUCUGCUGCGUGCGGCACGACGCGACAGGACGCUGGUGCGGCUCCCACACCAAGCGGCAAAGCGUCAUGAUGACCGCGGUCAUCGACCCGCCGUACGACACGGUUCGCGCGUUCGUCGAGUCGCAGCAGCGCGCGUCGGAGCUCGUGCUUUUGGCCCGCGAGAGCGACUUUUCGCAGGCCAUUUUGGCCCCUCGCAGUAGCACCGGCGGGAGCAGUAUUUAUAUUUAACAAAAACAAUUGCUCAGCAUUUUAC